CGGUGCGUGACAAGGGGAAGCCAAAGCAGCAAAGCGGCAGCAGAAAAAGGCAGAUAGCAAGCCAGAGAAAGCUCUUAGAAGAUUUUUUUAACAGAAAUUAGUAGACUGACUGCAAGAUGCAAACAGUACGACAGUGCUCAGCCUGUGCCAGCCGGGCCGCAGGAGGACUUUUGAGGUCGCAGGCAGAUGUUUUGGCGCUGCAGAGUGACAGGAGCAUCCCCAGGGGGAGAGCAGCUUGCAGCCGCAUCCUCAGCAGUUCCGCCUGUGCCUACACCAGCAGUAGAAAGGCCACAAACAGGAACACGGUGCAAUGGAAGGAAGCGGCGCACACAAGCACAGCAUCUUUGAGCCCCUCGAUACAGCAAACAGAGCAACUUACUUACUGCUCCUUGAUCAGAAGAGCGGCCUCUGUGGUCACCGACAGCACAAGCACCCUUCUCUCGCAGAGCACUUUGGCUCUCAUGGAUGCCUUUGCCAACUAUACAAAGGCUCUCCACACACGGAUUGCUCUGCAGAGACGUUAUCUGGUCUCGCUGGGAAAACUGAGCCCUGCAGAGGAAGACUCUCUCCAGCAGGCCAUCUUCAAACAAAAGGCAGAGGUUAGCGAGCAGCUCUCUGAAUGUAAACGUUCAGAGAAUACUUGGAUCAAGGCGGUCAACUUGUGCAAAAUGGCGGCGGAGGCGGCGUACACUUCAGGAGCCCAACAGGCCUCCAUCACACUGAGGGCCAACGUCCAGCUGGCCCAAUCCCAUGUGGACGAGGCCCGUAAACUGUCAGCUGAGGCGGAUAAGAAGCUGGCUGAGACCAAAGUAGAAGAGAUCCAAAGGAUGGCCGAGUAUGCCUCCUCCUUGGAGGGCUGCGGGGAACACGAGAUCCAUGAGGCUUAUUUACGAGAGGACUAAGAUGAAAGAAUACAUCCACAUCCAGGCAAUAAUAUCAUAUGAAUUACAAUAUAGAAUUCUUGUGGCAUUGAUCUUUAUUUAAGACUAUUUAUUUGAUGAAUAAAUGCUGUUUGAGCUACAGGGUAAACAAGGAAGAUGACCUGACAUUAUGAGAAUGAUGUGCUGUUGUGUUAUGAAUGAAAUAAGGCUGCGACUUUGUGUUCUUGACAAUCAAACGUCUGGCUGCUUGGUGUCAUAUUUUUAUGUAGUUUUCUUGAAAUAAAUGUUGUUAUGUAUUGUUUGCUUCCUCUUUUCAUUGUUCAGAUGUCAUCAUAAACAAUAAAAAAACAUCUGUGUAUUUCAA